AUGCAAGAAGAACACAGAAAAGCUAUACAAAACAACUUUAUAUCGUUAGUAGAACAAACUGACCUAGAGGUGAUGGUAGCAGCCCUUUAUGAAAAAGGAGUUUUUUCAGAACAAAUGAAAGAAGUAUAUGAGGACACAAAUAAAGAUGCCAGAAAUCGAAAACGUUUAUUGUAUAGGGACAUCACACGCCGUGGACCACAAGCAUUUGGACAUCUUCUAGAUGCUCUUAGAGAGAAUGGAUAUUGGGACUUUGUGCGUGAUUUAGAUCCCAAUAGCUCCCUUCACCUGCGAAGAUCCAGGAAUCCUGCUCCUGGCACAAGUAAAAGCUCUGGUGACAGCAAUUUUGUGAGCAUUCGCACUGAGAAGAAAAAAACAAAGUCUGGAUCAGAUGUGAAUAAAAAUUUGACUACUGCGCCCACACCUCCAGCCCCGCCUGACACGAAAGAUGCUGUGGACCCUACUGAAAUUCCUCGCUUUGAAGUCAAAAAAUCACAAAAAUUUGUUGAAGAUAACAAUGGAGGCAUCGCGCUGUACAGGACGCGCGGGCGCCAGCGCGGCCUGCUCGUGGUCUUCAGCUACAUAGAGUUCGAUGGCAUCGAGCCGCACCGCAGCGGCGCCGACGUCGACUGCAAGAACCUCAAGUAUCUCUUCACCGAGAUGGGCUUCAAGGUGCUGGUGUACCAGGACCUCACCAAGGAGGAGACGUUGGAGACGCUGCACGGGCUAAAGGAGGCAGUGGUGGGCGUGGAGUGCCUGUUCAUCGUGGUGUCGUCGCACGGGCACGCGCGCGCCGCCUCCAGCGACAACGACUUCCGUUGCCGCAAGGGCGGCCUCGUCAGCCUCUCCUACGUGCUGGAGCGCUUCAACAACCGCAACCUGCCCGCGCUGCGCGGCGUGCCCAAGGUCUUCGUCUUCCAGCUCUGCAGGGGCAGCAACCAGGACUACCUGACGCUGCCCGCGAGUGCUCGCAUGGACGGAGCGGAGGGCGGGGGCGUGGGCGGGGCGCGCACGGCCGCGGACGGGCAGCCCUGCCCUUCCACGCCGCCGCCGGAGCGCCUACUGCCGCAGCCCCUCGAGCGGGACCUUCAAGACCGCAUCUACUCCGAUAUACUCAUUGCACACUCCACUAUUCCGGGCAACGUGUCGUACCGCGAUGAGGCGGAGGGGUCGUGGUACAUCAGCGCGCUGUGCGAGGUGUUCGCGGCGGCGGCGCACGAGCGGCACGUGGAGGAGCUGUUCACGCUGGUGGACCAGCGCCUGCACGCCGCGCGCCGCGUGCAGACCAGCUCCGUGGACCGCUGGGGCUUCAACCGCCGCCUCUACCUGCACCCCGGCCUCUACGACCCCGACGAG